CCGGCAGUCAGCCCAGCGACGGAGACCGCGACCGUCGUCUGUGAGACCAUCGUUCGCGACGCAUUUCAAAAUCGAUGUACGUCCCACUAUCGGCAUUUAACACCAACUAGUCGUACGUUACAUUUGACCGUGUCUUAUGGCACAUGUAACUACGGCCCCCAUGCGUUUUCGCGUCUACUGCGAUAGCACGGUCUACGUCUGACUUGUAAUACGAUAUAAAAAUAGAUAAAUCGCCUUCGUGAGUGUUCACAUUGUGUUGCGAUCGGGUCGAGAGUGAAGUUUAGUGGUGCAGUGAUGUGAGGAUGUUAGAGAGUGGCCAUGUCGAGCGUGGCGAAGAAAGAUAAGCCGACAAUGUCAGUGACGGCGCUUAUCAACUGGGCCCGACCGGCGCCGCCGGGGCCUCAGCAGCAGUUGGCGCAGGCGGUGCCAGUCUCCUCGACGGCUCUCCUGCAGUCCCUAGGAACAUCCUCGAACAUUCCCAACGUCGACUGCUCUAUCGACAUGCAAUGGCUGAACAUAGAAUCGGGGUUCAUGUCCCCUAUGUCUCCACCAGAGAUGAAGCCGGACACAGCGAUGCUGGACGGCAUGAGGGAGGACGCCACCUCACCCUCGGCCAUGAGGAACUAUCCCCCGAAUCACCCGCUCAGCGGAUCCAAGCACCUCUGUUCCAUCUGCGGAGACAGAGCAUCGGGCAAACAUUACGGCGUUUAUAGCUGCGAAGGCUGUAAAGGAUUCUUCAAGAGGACCGUCCGUAAAGAUUUGACGUACGCGUGUCGCGAGGAGAGGAAUUGUAUAAUAGACAAGCGUCAAAGGAAUAGGUGCCAGUACUGCCGCUAUCAGAAAUGUCUGGCGUGCGGGAUGAAGAGGGAGGCGGUACAGGAAGAGAGGCAGAGGGCUGCAAGGGGUGCUGAGGACGUACAUCCAAGCAGCUCAGUACAGGAGCUGUCAAUCGAGCGUCUCCUUGAGAUGGAAUCUCUGGUGGCGGACCCUAACGAGGAGUUCCAAUUCCUCCGCGUGGGUCCUGACAGUAACGUGCCACCGAGAUACAGGGCUCCCGUCUCCAGCCUCUGUCAGAUUGGUAAUAAACAGAUCGCUGCAUUAGUAGUAUGGGCUCGUGACAUACCGCACUUCAGUCAGCUGGAGCUGGAAGACCAGGUCAUACUGAUCAAGGCCUCCUGGAACGAGCUCAUGCUAUUCGCCAUCGCCUGGAGGAGUAUGGAGUACUUGGAAGAUGAGAGAGAGAAUCUAGACGGCACUCGGACAGCGCCACCGCCACAACUGAUGUGUCUCAUGCCAGGGAUGACCCUCCAUCGUAACUCAGCGCUUCAGGCCGGCGUUGGUCAGAUCUUCGACCGCGUGCUCUCUGAACUCUCGCUGAAGAUGAGGGCGCUGAGGAUGGACCAGGCCGAGUACGUCGCGCUCAAGGCCAUCGUGCUGCUCAACCCCGACAUAAAAGGCCUUAAAAACAGACAGGACGUGGACGUUCUACGAGAGAAGAUGUUCUCCUGUUUGGACGAGUACUGUCGCCGCGCGCACAGUUCUGAGGAGGGUCGGUUCGCGUCUCUGUUGCUGCGGCUGCCGGCUCUUCGCUCCAUCUCCCUCAAGAGCUUCGAGCACCUGUUCUUCUUCCAUUUGAUCGCCGAGGGCACCAUCGGGACCUACAUCAGGGACGCCCUCCGCAGCCACGCGCCCACCAUAGACACCAACUCGAUUAUGUAGACGACACCCUAUAUAAUGUACAUGGAACAUUCAAAACACCCUGUACCACACCGUCCGCCCCGGACUGACGGACGUUAUUUCUUAUUAUUAAUAUUUUAAUGUACAUUCGUGACCUGAAGUGAUAAUCGCUUAGGAGAUGACGUCGAGCCGACACAGUACUGUGUCCGCUGUAGUCGACUUUAGUUGUAGUACCAGUGAGUACAUUACGAUUUAUUUCUAUAAUAUGAACGUGGAGGUGAAGCUCCAGUACCUUCCGUGAGGCGAUGUCGGAAACCAAAGGUAGCUGUUACGAGGUGUGCGAGCUGGUGUGACCCGCAGCCUCUGUUUUUGUCUAAAUUCCAUCCAGUUGUAAAUGUUAAUCACAUAUAUAUAUAUUUUUCUAAUCGUAAUAGUUUGCACGUUCGUCAUUCCAUCUAUGUAUCGUGGGAGGCCCUUCUAUGUUCAUGGUUAGCAAACUAUAUUAAGUACAAUAUUUGUAUGGUUAUUUUUUUUUGUUUUUAAUCUCGUGAAUUAGUUUCAGUUCCCAGGAGACGUUCAGAAACGUUCAUUUACAGUCAUAUUAUAACAUCGUGAACUACAUCCACAUAGUCUUUGUAUCGACUUUGUUGUGUUGAUCUUUAGUAAUCUCUAUUGUUUUGACAUGAGGAUAAACAUCAAUGUAAAGUGAACUAUUUAGGUAUUGGUAACUUUGAAUUGAGAUCCUUUUAGUAUAUUGACUCUCGGUUAUUAUUAUAUUUAUAAUGUAUAUUUUCACUGUAAGCAUUUCCUUGUAUUUUUUCAUAGUGAAUGCACCUCGACAGUUACAAACGUGCACACUGUAGUUAGUCGUGUCGUCCGUCUACGCGAGACGUUAAGUAAUGUAAAUGGGGCCGCCUUUCUAUUUUAGAGUAAUUUUAAAUGUUAAUAUUCGCGAGUUGUCAUCCUUAGGUUCUCUUAAUCUGUUAGGAGUUGUAGUGUAAAGUAUUUUUAGUUAAUAUUAAUGUUCUACCAAAUCCUAUUACUAAAUUUAUUAAGUAAAUCGCAAGUGCCCUGUUAUUAAAAAACACCGGUGUCAAAACAUCAUUGUUGAUUUGAAAUGUGUAAAGAAUUGAUACAUUAUCAUUUGUACGAUGAGAAUAUCUUUAAUACUAUCGGUGCUUUAAACGAAUCUGCAGCAUAUACAAUAUGCCUGGCCGAUCAAACGACGUUAAUCACGUGUUAUCAUAAUCAUUAUAUGUAAAUAUCAGCACAUACACAAGUUGUGUUAAAAAUUUAUGAAGUAGUAAAGGUUUUAUUAUCUUUGUUUUAUUAAUAAGACAUGAAACAUGUUAUGGCCUAUUAGGAGUGGAAAUAUCAAACUAAAUUAGUGCCACGAACGUUUCUUCUUCAUUUUGUGAUCAUCGAAAUUGAAUUCAAUCAAGCGAUUUAAAUAUUUAAGGUAACCGUUAUAUUCUUGAAGGCAUCCUUGUGCGAGGACAUAGUGUGCGCAUUCAGACUGUAUCGCUGAGCUCAAAUCUUGAAAAGCUCAUAAAUUAUUGAUAUAAGAUUAUUGAUGUUUCAAAUAAAAUAUUCAUGUGAAUUAAAACCUCCUCUGUAUUGCGUUGUUCUAGUGGGUGGUACUGUUAAGAAAUGUUGAAUUGGUGUUUCCGAGAAAAGUUCUUAUUAUAUAUGGAGAUGUUGCAGCGGUUGUGAGAUGAUUUAUAAUAAUGUUCACUAAAUAUCUGAUUAUAUUUAAGUUAUAUUUUUUGUAUAGACAUAGAUCUAAGAUUAAUGGUGAUUAAAACUAUAUCAUCAAAAAUA